GAUUAGUCGACGGUGAGGCAUCAUGGCCAUCGGUUAGCAUCGGCGUGUUACUUAGAAAAUUCGCUGUGAUAUAGAUACGAUCCCCCGGCGAUCGUGAAUCACCCGAAUUUCUCGCUCGGGCGAUCGGAGCUUGAUCCUUGAUCGUCUAACGACAUCGAGACGUGAAUGACACGAUGGUGAAGUUAACCGAAGAGAUGGUCGUGGCUCGCACGCGAGUGUCCGACUUCUCCGCCGUGAAGAAGCUCAAUUGCUGGGGAACAGAAUUAACGGAUGUUAGCAUUCUAAGAAAGAUGAUAAAUGUAGAGGUGUUGUCAUUGAGCAUAAAUAACAUUAAUACACUUGCUGAUUUUCAAUGUUGUCACAAACUUCAGGAUUUAUUUAUACGAAGAAACAAUAUCAAAGAUUUGAAUGAAAUUUGUUACCUCCAAGGAUUGCCUAAUUUACGAAAUUUGUGGCUGGGUGAAAAUCCAUGUGCAGAAAAAGAAGGAUAUCGAUUAGCUGUACUGCGAGCAUUGCCAAAUCUUGAGAAGUUAGAUGAUAAAGUAGUAUUACCUGAAGAAGUGCAAACCGCGAUGGCAAUAGGUCGACCCUUAAUACAUCCUCUUGAAAUGGAUGCUUCUCCACAAUCAGAUGCAGUAACUCCAGAGGAUAUUACAAUUGAAUACAUUGAAGAACCUGAAUUGGAACGGCCUAGGAGAUAUAGUUCUGCUAGUGACCAGAGAAGUUUUGAUGAAACACAACACACUCAUGAAGAAUAUGACCCUGACAGAAGAAACGCAAAUUAUAGUGCAUCAUCGUCUCAUCAUUACUCACAAAAUAAUCAGUAUGCAUAUGAGCUACAAAAUGGACAAUCAAAGAAUCAGAGCAAAGAUGACAGUAUGUGUACAGAGUCGCGCAGCAACAAUGAGACUGUGGCCACUAACACUCUUGAAAUAUCUAAGGAUUAUGAUGACAGACCGGCAGUACGACAUAAUGGGGAUUAUGAUGAGAGGCGAGCGUACUCCGAGUAUGGUGGAAACGAAGUAUCUCAGCGUAUCUAUACACCAACAUCACAACGUACACAAUAUGCUGUAAAUGAACUUGCAGAUGAUAGACGUAAUGACAGAAAUAAUUAUAGCUAUGAUGAGAGAACAAGAGUAGAAUAUGAAGACUCACCACAACCUCCGAUACCACAAAGAAGAAUGGCUAUUCAUCAUAAUGAAAGGGAAGAUGGAGCUCAAGUACCCGGUUGGGUAAGACAUUCAGAAAAAGAUAAAUGCAGAACACAAUUUCAUUAUCACAGACGGCCAGUAACGAGGAAUUCAAAUAUAUUAUCAGCUGUGCUAUGUUUGGUUAAAGAAUUAGAUUAUCCAAGCUUAGAAGUGGUAGAAAUGGCUGUUAGAAAUCGAAUGGAUGAAUUAGAAGAAUGAUGUUUCUGACACCGUCCCCAAAAUUCACAGGGGACGGUUGCUUUUUCCCAAAUCGGCAGCGUGUCUUCUGUACCGAGCCCAGAAUUCUCCGACUCGCUCGAUUCUACAAUAACUUUUAACCAAUAUGCUGAUAAUGAUGAAAAUUAUAAUAAUGACAAACAUCAUUUUGAGCGUCAGUUAUUCGAUGAAAAUAAUGAUAAAUGUCAGAUCCGACGAAAAUGUGCCGAAAAAGUUUGCUCAACAACCAAUUUAAAAACAGUAUCAAUCGAUCCUAGUCCAAAAUUACUUGGAAAUAAUCAAUCUGUGCAUAAAAUUCGAGACUCUGUAUUAGACAAUUUACCGUCGAAAGAGAAAAAGAUUAAUGAUGUAAGACGCGUAGCCAGCAGUGACAGCAUUCCUCGUGCUGGUUACAAUAAUGUCAUUUUGAACCAGGGAUGUAGAGUUUUAAGCCAAGACUGUGUGAGAAGAUCAAAAAGUCCAGAUAUUAGAAAUACAAUUGCACCACUUCGUUAUAUUCAAUCAGCAAAAGGAACAUGGACUUAUAAUUUGUAAGUUAGAUUGAAAAUUUGAUAAAUUAUAAUCUCUUUGUCCUUCUCUGAAAUAAUAAUCUAAAGCUCCUGAGUUAGA